UAAUCUUUCUUGCUUCCAUCAAGAGACCCACAGAGAACCGAGCAGAGUUAGCCAGCCAAGAACCUGUCAGCGCCCAUGUCCGUGCAGGUAGCGGCGCUGGGAACGACGGCGGAUAAUACGAUGGCGACGACGGCUUUGUCGUACGUGGAAUACAUGGCGCGCUGGGAGCGGCAGGUGGAGCGGCGGCAGCUGUUCCUCCGGAGCUACCACUUCUCCCGCGACGCCGACGUCUCGCCGCGCGCGCGCACGCGCCGCGUCGUCUGGGCCGGGGCGCGACGCCUGCGCCGCGCCGCCGCCAAGGGGCUCCGUCGCCUCCGGGCGCGCAUCCGCCUCUGCUUCGGCUGGGUCGCGCCCGCGCUCCGCCGCCGCGGCUCCCCUCGCCGGGCCGGCCACGGGUUCCGCUACCCGGCGUAA